GAUUUGUUAUAAAUUGACAUUCAACGUACUAGGUAUGAAUCAAUCAACUGAAUAAACAAAGAAACGUCAUCUAGUAUUGUUGCGUUGCAUCUCGGAUGAUUUAACAUUGGUUUAUUUCCAUUCCCAAACCACAUUAUUAUCAAAACAUUAUCCCCAAACGCAUGUUUAUCUCCAUCUGUCGAUAAGCCCUGUCUGAUAAUAUUUGGUUCCACAAUAUGAGUAUUCUCACCAGAACAUGUGUGGACUCUGCAUUAUUUUCUCCGUAAUCGUCUAUUAUGCCCUUGAAACUGAUGUCGGUAAUAGCAACGUCUUCAUCACCAAAUGAAACUAGCUCUAACGAAGGAGCAGACCUACUGAAGCAACUGCUGGAAUGUGUAAAGGAAUGCCAGAAAAGAUACGGUGGUAAAACGGAACUUGCCACUGAAUUUGAUAGUUGUGUUGCUGGAUUGUGUUUGUCUUUGGAAGCAAUUUUCCUCCAUGGAUUGAAACCAAAGCCAUUGAAUGCUGAGAAUGCUUCAUCUGCUUUAAAACAAGUUUCAGGAAUUGUUGCUCAAAGCUUACAUAUUGCUAAUGAAAGUCCAUCAUUCUGGCCAUUUGUUAAUAAACACUUGACAAAACAUGAGCAAGAGAGGUUUGAAGCUCUAAAGCAAAUUUGGACUGACAGUGGCAGAGGAAAGGCUUGGAUCAGGUCUGCGUUGAAUGAGAAGUCUUUAGAAAGGUACUUCCACACAGUUUUGAGCAAUCAAGAGAUACUAAAAGAACAUUAUGAAACCUGGGCAAUAUUACGAGAUGAUGAGAAAAACAGCAUGCUGCCUAACAUGGCAGCAGGUCUAGCAUCAAUACUGUUUGCAAUAAGUAUUGACAAACCUGAACUAAAUAGCGGUAUAGCACGUAGACCUGCAGCAUUGAAGGCUAAAGCAGAACCUAUAAUUGAAGCUCCCAUACCAGAUAAAAAGGAAAGUGUGAAGCCCAAGAAAAAAAGAAAAGUCGCUAGACAAUUGAUAUCCUUUGACGAUGACGAUAGUGCCAUCUCAACUAGCGUUCCGUCAAGCUCCAGCAGUACCACUUCUGACAGCUUUUCACUAGAGUACACAAAAAGUAUCAAGGCAAAACCUAAACGAAUGAGUAGAAAAAAAAUGGAACAGCCUACCGAAACGCCGUCAGUGGAAAUAAGGGAACGGAAGCUGUCAAUAGAAAAUAGUGGAUCAAGGGAGAAGUACUAUUCUAAUGUCGAGUCUUUGACGCCUGUCACUCAGGAGGAGAUCGGGGAGCUGAGGCCAGUGUCUGUGGAAAUUAAUGAAAAUUUUUCAGCCACUGGUGACAGAGCCGACGAUGCUGUCGAGGUACCGUCAGACAUCAGUGCCGUUCUGACUGCGGUUGAAGAGAAAAACAAGGAAGAAUUGGAAAGAAAAGAGGAAAAAAUACAGUUAUUGUCAAAGGAAAAUGAAGGGUUAAAAGAGCAAGUUAAAAAAUAUAUGAGUGCAAUCCAGAUGUUGAGGAGGGAUGACGAGGGGUUGAACAAGGCAUUAGAGGGGUUGCAGAUUGAGGGGCAACCGGAUUACAAGUCGGAGGCUAGAUUCUUUGAACAAAAACUAAUACAGGUUGCCGAUAUGCACGCGGAAUUAAUGGAUUUUAACGUUAUGCUGCAACAGACUAUUUUUCAAAAAGAUCAGAUGAUAGAGAAGCUUAAAAAGGAGCUCGAAAUACUCAGAGGUCCCGUACCUGAAAUGAGAAUAGGAGAAUCAAGUAGUGUUCAUGUCUGGAUACCUUCCGCAUUUCUUACUGGUAGUGGUUCGAAUUCGCAUCAUGUGUAUCAAAUAUAUCUAAAAGUAGGAAAUGACGAAUGGAAUAUUUACAGACGAUAUGCUCAAUUCCAUGCCCUACACACCGAUCUGAAAAAGUUAGAUCCUGCUGUAGCAGCAUUUGAUUUUCCUCCUAAGAAAAGUAUAGGUAAAAAGGACUCUGCAUUAGUCGAAGAUAGAAGAAAAAGAUUACAAGUGUAUCUCCGACGAGUCUUGAGUCACUGGCCAGAACUGAAGCAUUGCAAUAAUAGAUUUUUAUUAGAACAGCAUUUAGCGUUUUUCAAAGAUCAACGAGAAGAUCAACGCGUGAAAAGUACAUUUCCACCCACUGUUACAACAAGCAACUCAUCAGGGCUGUAAUGAUGUAUUUUUACUUUUCUUUUCACCAGUGAAGAUAUUUUUAUUGUAAUUCUACUUAACUAGUAUUUAUUUACGGGUUACCCAGAAUGUACAGCAUACAAGUAUGUCAUAUGAGACGAUUUUUUUGGUGCCUCACAUGCAGAGGUUUGUAACGUGUUGAAAAGAAUUCAAAUGUACAGUUGAAGAUAAAUAAUUGUGCAUAGUAAGAGUAUUUUUUUCCGGAUUUGGCUGGGUGCUCCCAUGCGGCACUUUGACGCUUGGUUUCGGGAUCGUAUUGAAAACACCACGUUCGUCACCAGUUACAAUGAUGUGAAAAAGUUUUUUUUUGCCUCUUUAACCCUCCACUGGUAACGCCACGAAACUUGGCACAACUGGUAACAUCGCACAGUGUUUCGAUCAGUACAAGAUAGCUGGACAAAAUUAUUUAGCUGAACUUAAUGUUUUUAAUGAUUUUAUUAAUUAUUCUUAUAAACAUUUUAAUCAUUCUAAAGUUAAAGUGAAGAGUUUUUGGUACAUUUAACUGGUCCUAUUAAAUAAAAAUUAAUUUAAUGGUUAAAUAUGUAAACAAAUAUACGGUACACUUUAUAUACCAAAUGUAAACUAUUAUUAUAGUUAUUAAUCUAAUUUUAAUUACAAUAACUUUAACUACCUAACUACGUACUAACUAGUUCCUAGCUAAUCAUCAUCAUCGCUCAACUCCUCUUCUGAGGAAUCAUUUUCAAUGUAGUCUAAUAAGCGAACAUCACUAUCGCGAGUCCUAAUAUUUCUAUCUAAAUUUGUAGAUGGUGGUAACAGUAAAUCUAAAACUUCCGAAGGCAGAUUACCAUUGUUUUUUUUUGGUAACUUCUCUGAGGCUGUUAAUUACAGGGUCAGAUGUGAUUAAUAACAUAUUUAGUAAAUCUCUAUUCGUGGCAAUGCGUGAUCGCUUACGCGUAUUAUGUUCUCGGAAUCUCCUGACAUCUUUAUUGCGGGCUUCCUGUGCUUUUUCAGAAAGCUGCCCGAUUGGCAGGAGAGCCGAUUGUAUAAUAUCGGUACCAUGCACCAAAAUUUUGUGUACAGUAGCAGGCAUGUAAUACCACGUAUAGAGACUUAAAUACAGUUUUCUUACGUCCUGUGUUAGUUUUACAAAUUUGUCUAUAUUUAUGUCAUAGCCAGAUGAUAAAGCUCUAAGUAAGGUGUUAAACUUUUUUAUAAGGCUCACAUCUAGUCCUGUAAUCUCUGCACUUAACUCGGGUUUCCCAAAAAAUCUACGAGCAGUAUUUCCGUCAUUUGUGUUGCCAUAGCCUGGUUUUGGUUUAUCUACAAUUAAACCCAUCUCGUUCUUAAAUCGAUUCUGAAUCGUAAUGGAACGUUGUUUUACAUUAGUUUUAUCAACCGAAUCUCGUAAUUGCCAUUUUUUAACUUCAAGACGAUAACUUAUGUGAAGCAGUCAUUGGACAUUACACAUUUCUUCAUCUCCUUGCAUAUUACCGAACUUUCACUAGCGUUCUUAAUUACGGUAGCCAAGCCUCUGUAGCCAGAAAGUCGUGCUGAUAUUUCCGCGGCAGAGAUUAAUUCGGAUGUACUCCGCGAAAGUUUUUGUUCCAUUCGUCAUUUGUUAUUAGCCAAGUAAGCAGUUGUCUGCAUCCUUUAGAGAGCUGUCUGGAUUUGUAUUCAAGAUAAGGAUUUACGUAUUCAUUUUCCCACUUAAAAUUGUUAUUUUCCACCAUUGAUUUGACAGUUUUCCAUCUCUCUAAGAAAAAUUGGUAUCUGUUUUUUACCAUUCUCUUGAAUGUGAAAUAUUGUAACAUUCUUCCCUUGGAACAUUCAAUUUCCUCGGUGUAGCAUCUCAACAGAUCCUUUUGAAUGUUUACCUCUAUUUCUUGCCUUGUCCCCUCUAACAUAAGAUUCAUGUUUCUGCUUAGUUUAAGGUUUAUCUUUCCAGUGGUGAAAUAUUCUGCAUUUUCAUUUAUUACUAAGCAUCCACAUUGAAAACCAUUAGGGUUGCUCCAGUUGGCAUUGUUGAAAUUUUCAUCAGAUGCACUUAUUAGUAGCCAUGGCUCUCUGUUUAUUUUUCUUUUUGUUUCUUCAUGUAUUUUUCUUCUGUCUGUUCCUUUUGUAUUUUGAAAGUCCCAUCUUAUAGAUAUUGCUAUUUCUGUGAGAGUUGUUAUAAGGUCUCUUCUGCAAGUGUAGUUCAUGGUAGCACUUAUAAGUAUGCAGUUUGCAUGGCUAUAGUUUCCUCUUAUGUCCCCAUAUCUGAAAUUCACGAUCUCUUCUGAGCUAUUGAAAUGAAAUCUUACAUUGGCUUUGUUUCUUGCUGACAUGAUUCUGAUAUUAGAGAGUUUGGGACAUUGUAUAAAUCCAUCUCUUUCAAUCUCUAACGUGUCAGGAUAUCCAUAUAUAGCUCUCGCGAAUUUCACUUCCACUGAGUUUCUGUCAUAGCAGUGCUGUAGCAUUUCCUCUAUUGUCAGACCUUGUAUCUUGAAGGACAAUAGGACUUUUUUGGUAGUGUCAAUAUCCCAUUUGUGCUUCUUUGCCUCAUAUAUUAUAGAUCUCAAGGCACGGAGGAGAAGCUUCAUUGUAUCCUUCUUCAUGGCAUCUUUGUCUGCUAUAGUUAUGUUUGUGAUAACAAAGUUUGAGUGGCAUAUUGCAUGUUUCAUGGUUGCAGAGCUUUCAGAAGAUCCUGGUAAAGUAGGGAGACAUCUUACUUUCGGGUCAAGGUUGUUAAUUAGUAUUCUUAUUUGGGAAGCAAUACCUAAUUUCCCUUCAAGUGAUAAAUUUAUUAACAAAGAUGCCUCUGAUUUCAUAGCUGGAGUUAUUCUCUUAUCAGGUAAUGUGAGCUCCGGGAACAAUGCUUCCUUGAUUAGUGAAUUCUGUAUUGAUUUUGGCACUUCAAAUAUUGGAUUCCUGGUCCUAACAUGUCUUCUUUCUAUCACGGGCAUCCCAUAUUUGAUAGUGGCCCUGCUCCAGUUUAUGUUGUAAUACUUUUCCACUUCUUCUGUGUGCACCUUAUAAAGUACUUUUACAGAAUCCUGAAUAGAUUGAUUUGGAACCUCACUCUGAGAGACCCACCAGUCUAUGGCCUCUUUUUUGCAUAGAAUCCUACCAUGUGUGUGUCUAUCCUCCCCUUCUUUUCCUUUCUGUAGGAACAUAUUAGGUAUUUUAUAUUCAUCAGCCUUCUUUUAGUCUACUGAGAUAGGAUACUUUAGUCCCAUGCAUGACAUAGCACUUGUUAUAGAUAUUGCUAUUUCUGUGAGAGUUGUUAUAAGGUCUCUUCUGCAAGUGUAGUUCAUGGUAGCACUUAUAAGUAUGCAGUUUGCAUGGCUAUAGUUUCCUCUUAUGUCCCCAUAUCUGAAAUUCACGAUCUCUUCUGAGCUAUUGAAAUGAAAUCUUACAUUGGCUUUGUUUCUUGCUGACAUGAUUCUGAUAUUAGAGAGUUUGGGACAUUGUAUAAAUCCAUCUCUUUCAAUCUCUAACGUGUCAGGAUAUCCAUAUAUAGCUCUCGCGAAUUUCACUUCCACUGAGUUUCUGUCAUAGCAGUGCUGUAGCAUUUCCUCUAUUGUCAGACCUUGUAUCUUGAAGGACAAUAGGACUUUUUUGGUAGUGUCAAUAUCCCAUUUGUGCUUCUUUGCCUCAUAUAUUACAGAUCUCAAGGCACGGAGGAGAAGCUUCAUUGUAUCCUUCUUCAUGGCAUCUUUGUCUGCUAUAGUUAUGUUUGUGAUAACAAAGUUUGAGUGGCAUAUUGCAUGUUUCAUGGUUGCAGAGCUUUCAGAAGAUCCUGGUAAAGUAGGGAGACAUCUUACUUUCGGGUCAAGGUUGUUAAUUAGUAUUCUUAUUUGGGAAGCAAUACCUAAUUUCCCUUCAAGUGAUAAAUUUAUUAACAAAGAUGCCUCUGAUUUCAUAGCUGGAGUUAUUCUCUUAUCAGGUAAUGUGAGCUCCGGGAACAAUGCUUCCUUGAUUAGUGAAUUCUGUAUUGAUUUUGGCACUUCAAAUAUUGGAUUCCUGGUCCUAACAUGUCUUCUUUCUAUCACGGGCAUCCCAUAUUUGAUAGUGGCCCUGCUCCAGUUUAUGUUGUAAUACUUUUCCACUUCUUCUGUGUGCACCUUAUAAAGUACUUUUACAGAAUCCUGAAUAGAUUGAUUUGGAACCUCACUCUGAGAGACCCACCAGUCUAUGGCCUCUUUUUUGCAUAGAAUCCUACCAUGUGUGUGUCUAUCCUCCCCUUCUUUUCCUUUCUGUAGGAACAUAUUAGGUAUUUUAUAUUCAUCAGCCUUCUUUUAGUCUACUGAGAUAGGAUACUUUAGUCCCAUGCAUGACAUAGCACUUGUUAUAGAUAUUGCUAUUUCUGUGAGAGUUGUUAUAAGGUCUCUUCUGCAAGUGUAGUUCAUGGUAGCACUUAUAAGUAUGCAGUUUGCAUGGCUAUAGUUUCCUCUUAUGUCCCCAUAUCUGAAAUUCACGAUCUCUUCUGAGCUAUUGAAAUGAAAUCUUACAUUGGCUUUGUUUCUUGCUGACAUGAUUCUGAUAUUAGAGAGUUUGGGACAUUGUAUAAAUCCAUCUCUUUCAAUCUCUAACGUGUCAGGAUAUCCAUAUAUAGCUCUCGCGAAUUUCACUUCCACUGAGUUUCUGUCAUAGCAGUGCUGUAGCAUUUCCUCUAUUGUCAGACCUUGUAUCUUGAAGGACAAUAGGACUUUUUUGGUAGUGUCAAUAUCCCAUUUGUGCUUCUUUGCCUCAUAUAUUAUAGAUCUCAAGGCACGGAGGAGAAGCUUCAUUGUAUCCUUCUUCAUGGCAUCUUUGUCUGCUAUAGUUAUGUUUGUGAUAACAAAGUUUGAGUGGCAUAUUGCAUGUUUCAUGGUUGCAGAGCUUUCAGAAGAUCCUGGUAAAGUAGGGAGACAUCUUACUUUCGGGUCAAGGUUGUUAAUUAGUAUUCUUAUUUGGGAAGCAAUACCUAAUUUCCCUUCAAGUGAUAAAUUUAUUAACAAAGAUGCCUCUGAUUUCAUAGCUGGAGUUAUUCUCUUAUCAGGUAAUGUGAGCUCCGGGAACAAUGCUUCCUUGAUUAGUGAAUUCUGUAUUGAUUUUGGCACUUCAAAUAUUGGAUUCCUGGUCCUAACAUGUCUUCUUUCUAUCACGGGCAUCCCAUAUUUGAUAGUGGCCCUGCUCCAGUUUAUGUUGUAAUACUUUUCCACUUCUUCUGUGUGCACCUUAUAAAGUACUUUUACAGAAUCCUGAAUAGAUUGAUUUGGAACCUCACUCUGAGAGACCCACCAGUCUAUGGCCUCUUUUUUGCAUAGAAUCCUACCAUGUGUGUGUCUAUCCUCCCCUUCUUUUCCUUUCUGUAGGAACAUAUUAGGUAUUUUAUAUUCAUCAGCCUUCUUUUAGUCUACUGAGAUAGGAUACUUUAGUCCCAUGCAUGACAUAGCACUUGUUAUAGAUAUUGCUAUUUCUGUGAGAGUUGUUAUAAGGUCUCUUCUGCAAGUGUAGUUCAUGGUAGCACUUAUAAGUAUGCAGUUUGCAUGGCUAUAGUUUCCUCUUAUGUCCCCAUAUCUGAAAUUCACGAUCUCUUCUGAGCUAUUGAAAUGAAAUCUUACAUUGGCUUUGUUUCUUGCUGACAUGAUUCUGAUAUUAGAGAGUUUGGGACAUUGUAUAAAUCCAUCUCUUUCAAUCUCUAACGUGUCAGGAUAUCCAUAUAUAGCUCUCGCGAAUUUCACUUCCACUGAGUUUCUGUCAUAGCAGUGCUGUAGCAUUUCCUCUAUUGUCAGACCUUGUAUCUUGAAGGACAAUAGGACUUUUUUGGUAGUGUCAAUAUCCCAUUUGUGCUUCUUUGCCUCAUAUAUUACAGAUCUCAAGGCACGGAGGAGAAGCUUCAUUGUAUCCUUCUUCAUGGCAUCUUUGUCUGCUAUAGUUAUGUUUGUGAUAACAAAGUUUGAGUGGCAUAUUGCAUGUUUCAUGGUUGCAGAGCUUUCAGAAGAUCCUGGUAAAGUAGGGAGACAUCUUACUUUCGGGUCAAGGUUGUUAAUUAGUAUUCUUAUUUGGGAAGCAAUACCUAAUUUCCCUUCAAGUGAUAAAUUUAUUAACAAAGAUGCCUCUGAUUUCAUAGCUGGAGUUAUUCUCUUAUCAGGUAAUGUGAGCUCCGGGAACAAUGCUUC